AACAGCACAACACAACCCUCCCAACGGAACAUUAAAACCCUUCUUUCCCUCUUCAUCUUCUUCGAAAUUCUAUUUGCUUCAACUCGUAACGGCGUCGUUUGAAGAGUUUCAAUCUACAUUUCUCACAAUCGUGGUUUGUUCAAGAUUUUGUCCUUAGAAAUGCUGAAUGCAGAACAAGAUAUUCCUGACGAGGUUCCAUUAGUAUCCAAGCCAUUUACAGUCUAUACUGCUUUAAGUUUUCUCACCUACUAAACUGAGCAUUCCUGGCUUGUGGAGUUUCUUCUAGCUCAAUGACGUGGUUGGUGAUAACUUUAGUGUCAGACUAUCUUUAACUGUUACCGAAUAACGUCAUGUAUUAUGAAGAUGACUUUCAUAAACAAGCUUGAAAGACAAGAGAGUGGAACUGAAAUAUGACAUUCUCUAUCCUGUGAUUGCAUGAGACAGAGAUGGAACACGUCUGUGGAGCAAGAUUUAUGUAGUAAAGGACGUUUAGGUCUUUCCAGAUAAUAGUUUUGGCCCCGCAGGCCCAUCUGAAAUUAAAGAACUUAUUGCAAUGGAUCCUGGCUUGGCUAAUAAUUCUUCAUCGCCUCGUCCUAGAUGGAGAAAAGUAGCAUAUGGUGGUAUGCAACCUGGUUAUGAUGACAAUCAUACGGAUGAAUCUUUCCUUGAAGGAAUGGUGAUGAAUGCCAGUGUUGUAAAAAGGGACAUGCUAAAGGUGAUGCUGGACUCAGUAUCCAUUUCUGAAUAUUUAUGCAUUGUUGCUCUUGUUGUCUUGGUUUGGACUUGUACACUUACAUCAACUAUUGAUGAAAAUUCUCUCCUAUUGAUUGAUGUGAGUCUGCUUGUUUCAGGCUUUUUAAUUCUCCUUUUCACUCAAGAAAUGCUUUCCCUUAGUCUCCUUCUCCAUUAUGUCCUUAAUAUCUCCUUUUUCAUAACCGUGUUAUAUGUUUUAGCUCCCAUCUAUCAAACUCUUACAAGGUCCAUUAGUUCGGAUUCCAUUUGGGCAGUAGCUGCAUCACUUCUAGUACUUCACCUUUUUCUGCAUGACUAUUCAGAAUCCACGGUCAAAGCCCCGGGGGUUCUUAAGAAUCCUGCAUUGACCAGUUGUAUCUCUGUAAAUGCUUCUGUAGUGGCCUCUGUUUUUAUUGCUUCUCGCCUUCCAUCAAGACUACAUGUGUUCGCUAUCAUGUUAUUCUCACUUCAGGUUUUCCUUUUUGCUCCACUUGUUACUUACUGUAUUAAAAAAUAUUCCUUCCGCAUGCACCUAUGCUUUUCUCUCAGUUUGAUGGUCAUGACCUUAAGUUUUGUGUACAUGCUGCAUCGCCUCCUUUUUGUGGUGCUGCUUAGUCUGUUGGUUUUUGUGAACGUGGUCUGCCCUUAUUGGCUUAUAAGGAUUCAGGAGUACAAGUUUGAAAUCAAUGGACCUUGGGAUGAGGCUAAACUUUGUUUUGACAUUACCGACUGAAACCUGGAUCAUGGUUAAUGUUACAUUGUAGUACAUCGUGUGUUGUUUAGGUUGGAGUAUAAUUUGCUGACCCCUUGAACUAGUUUUAAGUUUAUAGUUUAUGGGAAAUUUUUUCAGUUCCUGUCGGGGGAGGGUGGGAAAAUGAUGAUUGUAUUCAUGCUUUAGUGACUAAUGAUGGUUUAAAAUUCUGGUGUACAAUGGAAGUACAUUGACAAUUUGGAGUUUCA